CUUCAUUCUAGAUAAAAUAAUGUUGUUGUCCAGUUAUCUGCUUUCACAGCACCAUUUUCUUGUUCUCAGAAGAAUUCUAUUGCGUUUGGUUUGCUAUGCUUCUGUGUGGCUACUAAGCAUUUCAGAACUAGUAAAAUUCUUGUCUUGUGUUUACAUCCCUUCUGUGUGGCUAGCCAUUCCAGAUCUGAAUUCUCGUCUUGUGUUUGCUAUCCUUCUGUGCAGCUAGGCACUUUAGAUCUGGUAAGUGUCCAAGACUUUUGCUCCUUUCUUGUUGGCUUUUGUUUCAAAGCUUUGAGGAAUUUCUUUUGCAUUUUGCUAGAGGCUUAAACUGUAACCCUAUUUGGGUUGAGGGGAAUGGAAGAGAGUGGAAGGGAGGGAAGUGGAAUUUUUUUCCUCCAUUUCCUUUCCC